AUGGCGCUUGAGGUGACUGUGAAUAAGUGUUGCAAAAUCGGCUCACAGCCUGACAGCAUCACUGUGUCCAUCGAAGCGGAGGUGGUUGAGCAGCUGUCUGCCCUGGACAUCGAUGUGGCCACACACCUCCAAGCGACCAUCGAUGCCUUCUGGGAGGUCUACGAGUCCGACGACCUGGACACUUUGAAGGCGGGGGCCAACUAUACGGAGCUCUUCAUCGAGAAGGUCUACGAGGUCCGCGUCAAGGACGGCGUCGUCACGGUGAUGUUCAGCCCCCGCUGCGUGGGCGGCACUCACAAAGGCCCUGCCUGCGGCGAUUGCGGCGGGGACUACGAUGUCAAGGCGAAGCGCUUUGACUUCAUAGAAGAGUGA